GGAGGGUCGGGGGACGCCACAGUAAAGCGGUCGAUGUGCCACGGAUCAGGGCUGUUUAAAAAGGCUGGUGUGUCUUGCCUGAGUGCUUUGAGCUGGUACCCACCUGAGUUACAGUGGAUGCCCGUGUCCUGUGUCCUGUGCCCUGUGCCCUGUGCUGGCGUGUGUGAGAGAAUGAGAGGAGGGGAAAGACACUCGUGCUUUCUGACUGCCAGCGGAUCCCCAGCUCAUUCCCCUCACCCCUCAGUUUGAGAGAGACAGAGAGAGAGGGAGAGAGGGAGAGAGAGGGAGGGCGAGAGCCAUCACACUGUCAAUGCCAACAUGCAUCUGCCAGGGCUGUGACAUCCAAACAAACUGAGGAACAUUCUUGCAUCCUAUAGGAGGCUGGACUGGAGAGACUGUCGGCAGGAAAGGCGUCGGGGGGAGAGAGAGAGAGAGCGAGAGUGAGAGAGAGAGAGAGAGAGAGAGCAUCCGUGCAGGGUGACUGAGGGAUCUGUAUCGGAUUACUGAAUAUCGUGUGGAUCUGAUGCUUGUCUGCUCAAGAUCUGUUGUCAUGCUGGGGUUGAGCCUGAUGCUGGUUUGCACGGGGUUGGCCUUGGGACAGAAUGAGACAGAGCCGAUCGUUUUGGAAGGGAAAUGUCUGGUUGUGUGUGACUCCAACCCGUCCUCGGAUGGUGCUGUCACCUCUUCCCUGGGAAUCUCAGUGCGAUCCGGCAGUGCCAAAGUGGCAUUUUCAGCCGUGCGGAGCACCAACCAUGAACCGUCCGAAAUGAGCAACAGAACCAUGACUAUCUACUUCGACCAUGUCUUGGUUAACAUUGGAAACCAUUUCGAUAUGGGAUCAAGUACAUUUAUGGCCCCGAGAAAAGGGAUUUACAGUUUCAGCUUUCACGUGGUCAAGGUGUACAAUAGGCAGACAAUUCAGGUGAGUCUGAUGCAGAACGGCUGGGCUGUGAUUUCUGCUUUCGCUGGAGAUCAGGAUGUGACCCGAGAGGCUGCCAGCAAUGGAGUGCUGUUGAACAUGGAAAGAGAAGACAAAGUCUAUUUAAAACUUGAGAGAGGGAACCUAAUGGGAGGAUGGAAAUACUCGACAUUUUCUGGAUUUUUAGUUUUCCCUCUAUAAGGGGAUCGGCCCUUUGAAAGAGAAUCAAGUCGCCAAAUACACUCUCAAUCUGGCUAUGGAACAGUAAAAUUAUUAUACCAAAUCCUCCUAACUGCUACAUAGGGACAGACUGAUUACCUACCAAUUAGAAUAAUUUCUUUGAUCAGUGACAUUUGCCUUGGCCAACGUGGUACUAAGUAGUUCUGGUGACAGCUCUCUUUAGGAUAUCAAAUGAAUUCCCCAACAAGGACGAUUUCUGGCUAAAAAAGCGGAAACUGGAUGUUAUCCUGGGCGGAUUACUGUCUGGAGACCCAAACCUCCACUGACUGCUACAUCUUCUCUACAAAGCUGACGAUUCGACAGCGUAAAAAAAGCAAAGUCACGGUUUUGAUUUAAAUGUUCUAGCAAUGCUUUCUCUCGUGUCGUAUAUAGCCUUAAAGUAAAAGAACAGCUCCAAAUUCAGUGGCGUGUUUUUUGGAAUAUGGGGAAAAAAAAUACAUGUGUCGUUUCUGUGGGGUGAGCUCGUUUUGAAGAAGUGCUUUAUCACAAAACGAUUUUUUGCACGAUGGAAGCAUUUUUUUGUGUUGUUGUGGUGUUCUUUUACCUUGUUUGGGUGCAGACAAAGUAAUCUAUAGGUACAUAACGUACAUAACGUGCAAAGGGAUGAUUGUAACAAAUUGACCCAAUUAUUUAUUGAUGUGCUUUGGAAUGAUCCUUUGAUCUUCUACCGCACACACAACUAUUGAAAGUCCUCCAAUUCUCCUUAUUUCAAGUUUUGCGUUGUUUGCUUUUAAUUUUAUUGAGGAAAAUGUGAAUUCUCUUUAGUAUUUCCUGCUAUUUUCUAGCUAAGUGAUAUCUAUAACCUUAUCUUUGUGAUUGCAGAGUACCUGUAAUUGUGCAACAUUUAUUGAGUAAAAUCUAAAUGACAUUUUGAUGUUUAGAUUUAAUAAAACAGUAUUACAAAAAAAAGUCAAUUCUUUCUAUAUUCUGAUCCAAAUUUUAACAACAAAAGUUAAAUGCAGAUUUCUUUUAACAUUAUUAAAUUUUGAAGAGUUUCUUAGAUGGAUUAUUCAUCAAUUGCUGGCAAAUUGUGCAAACGACUUAAAAUAAUCUUGGUUCUGGUGGAUUAUUUUAUAGGGAGAAAGGAAUGCGCAAAGUCCAGCCAAAGUAAAAGGAGAAAAAAAAAUCACAUUAAUUAUACAUGAAUUGUCCUUAGGAUGUUGAUCAAAUGUAAAACAAACAAUUCAGAG